AUGUCUCGGCAUACCAAAACGUUUUCACGCACAUCGGUGGCGAGCAAGCCACCACUAUACAUAUACUAUUGCCUAUGUGGCGAGUUUGUUCUUGUCAGUAAUACAACCUUGGAGUCGCUGCCUCGUCGUCCGUUAGAUGGAUCGUUUGUCUUGCGUUGUUUUGACUCCCCCAAGCAAGAAAAUGGCGAGCGCAUUGUUGCGCCCAUAUACAAGAUAAGUGCCUCGCAAGGUUUAGGACAAAUUCUCGAGCGGCGAAAACAGGGCAAGGUACCCUCUGAUGCCUUUUUUGAUGAUACCAAGGCCCUUCCUAAGGCGUGA